CAUUUUCUACCCCCCCCCCCUUGUUUUGUUGCCAGAUCGAAUUUCCUUGAUUUCUAUCGCGACGAUGAUCUAAUCGAUUGAUUAAAAAAAAAAACCCUCAUUAUUCGGCGGUUUUCUUGGAUACACAAAAACUAGGAGGCCUUUUGUUCCAUUCGUUGAAUUUUUUGUUCAGACCAAGUGUUUGAAAAAAACGAAAAAAGAAAAUGUUGGUCCCUUCGGAUAUGAUGGCGGCCCAGUCGAAGAUGCUGUACCAGUUGAACAAGUAUUACGGGGAGCGGGUGCAGACGCGCAAAGGUCAGAUCGCCAAGACGUUGCGCGAAGUGUGCAAAGUGGUGCAAGAUGUUUUGAAAGAAGUGGAAGUCCAAGAGCCGAGGUUUAUCUCGUCUCUGGCAGAGUGCAAUGGACGGUUCGAAGGACUGGAAGUCGUUUCGCCGGGCGAAUUCGAAGUCGUCCUCUAUCUCAAUCAGAUGGGCGUUUUCAAUUUCGUCGACGACGGCACUCUGCCCGGAUGCGCCGUCCUCAAACUCAGCGACGGAAGAAAGAGAUCCAUGUCGCUUUGGGUCGAGUUCAUCACAGCCAGCGGAUACUUGUCCGCCAGAAAGAUCCGAUCCCGAUUCCAAACGCUCGUCGCCCAGGCCUGUGACAAAUCGGCGUAUCGCGACAUUGUCAAAAUGGUGGCGGACACGACCGAAGUCAAAUUGCGGAUCCGAGAGCGGUUCGUCGUCCAAAUCACGCCGGCGUUCAAAUGUUCGGGAGUUUGGCCGCGAUCGGCCGCUCACUGGCCCAUUCCGCACAUGCCCUGGCCUCAUCCAGGCCUGGUGGCCGACGUCAAAACCGAAGGUUUCGACCUGCUCAGCAAAGAGACGCCGGCCAUGACGGGCAAACAGUCGGCGAUGGAAGGCGACGCCUGGGUUCUCAGCUUCAUCGAAGCCGAGAAUCGUCUCUUGGUCGGCGGAUGCCGCCGCAAGUGUCUCAGUAUUCUCAAAACGCUCAGAGAUAGGCACCUGGACAUCCCGGCGAACCCAGUGACAACUUAUAUCAUGAAGACGCUGUUACUUUACGAGUGUGAAAAACAUCCAAGAGAAAUGGAAUGGGACGAAUCCUGCCUCGGUGACAGGAUCAACGGCAUUCUACUGCAGUUGAUUUCGUGCCUGCAAUGCCGCCGGUGCCCGCACUAUUUCCUACCGUCGCUGGAUCUGUUCCGGGGCAAACCGCCCGCUUCGCUCGAAAGCGCCGCCAAACAGGCCUGGCGUCUCACGCGCGAACUCUUAACCAAUUCUCGCUCGUUAGAGAAACUUUAAAAACGAAAACAAAAGAGGACAGAAAAUGAGGGGGAGGACCCGCAUCCUUCCUUCGGUAGAUCACGAGAAAAAGCAAAACAAAUGAAAGCGGGAUAUUCAGUUGAGGAAUUGUAAUCAUAUUCUAAAUGUUAAAAAAAAAAAACAAUAGAUUUUGUUUCUUGUAGAUUAGGGUUAAUUGAUCGAUUUCAAAAAAAAAGAGUGUCGCAAUUCACGGUGCUAAAAUGUUAGAACUUAGACGCUCGUCUUCUCCCAGUUUUGUAAUACCCUAGAUUUGAUGAUUCUAUUAAACAAGACCAAAGUUCACACGUCUUGUGCGAGAAAUGAUCUUGCUUUUUUUUUUUUUUGUUCAGCUUCCACUCUUUUCGUUAUUCACGUCCCGCAUCAACAUAAAAAAGACGGACGUUACCCCGGUGUAAAAAAAAAACAAAAGAGAUCCCCCCCCUCGCCCAAAACUGCAAACAAAAGUUUCCUAUUUAUUUUGCUAUUAUUAUUUUUCCUUGUGUGUCAAUCAAAAGAAACAGAGAAUGAAUCCUAUAUAACUUUAGCUUUGCAAUAUGGGCUCUCGUUGCUGUAAAAACAAAUUAUGUGUACAAGAAACUUGUUUCGACUCGUCUUUUCUUUUGUUGUUGAAAAACUUUGAAUUUCACCAGUCCAAGUGAUUUAAAAGAACUUUUUUAAACGCUUUACGCCCAUUUUUUUUAACCUUCUUGUUUGUUUUUUUUAAUGGUUGUCUCUGUGCACCUGAAUGUCUUCCGCUUUACAUUUUUUUUCGCAAUUCCGAUUGUUCGGGAAAAAGAAAUUUUAGUGACCGAAAGAAAAUGAAAACAAAAAUCAAACACCAAUCACGCACGAAAAUAAACGCUUUUCCAAAAUGAA